UUCCUUUUCUAGACGCGGUCCCAGCUCCUUGGGUCUCAACACAACCAUUCCCUCCCCAACUUCCAUUCGAUUUCUGUUCAGGAAGUUGAAGAUCUGAUCUGAAAUCUGAAACAGAAUUGAAUAUGUUGCAUGCUGCUUAGUAGUUUACGACAGUUCUCUCCCUUUACAUUCUGCUGUCUUCAGAACCCUCCACGCGUAUCGGUAUCCACUCACGAUGCCCCGUCAAGCUAAGCGGCCUCGUGCGGUGGUCGACUUGACCGCCGAUGAGGCUGGGGCCGCCCGACCUGCAAAGUCACCGCGCCAUGCCCCAUCCUCCAGCUCGCAGCUCUCUGUGCCUGGAUCCAGUCAGCCAUCUAUCUCACUCUCCCAUCUACCCUCAAGCUCGGCUGCGGUGCCGCCUUCGUCUUAUGAUGAAGCCCAACGGUUGUCGUUUCAGAACCCUGCCAACGAUGAGGCCGAGCCCUCAACCCAGGAUUUUACUCAGAGUGACGACGGCCCUGCGCAUGAGUUAUAUGGUCAUUUUGACGGCAAGAUUGUGGGUGUACGAUACUACACAGGCGUUGCUACGGCUGGCGAAGUCGUUGUCUGCAAGAGAGAGCCCUCAAAUCCGUACGAUUCCAAUGCAAUCCGAGUGGACAAUGUAUUGGGACACCAGAUUGGCCACAUCCCAAGAACAGUAGCAGCGAAACUUGCCGAGUACAUUGACAAUGGGGACAUAACGAUUGAAGCAAUACUCACUGGCGAGAAAGCCUUCUAUGACUGCCCUAUUCGCAUAUACAUCUACGGAACAGGUGACCCCCUUGGCCGGACUAACCUUGAAGAACGGCUCAAGAAAGAUAAGCUGGUGACUGCUACGCAACUCAAGCAGACCCGCAAGCAGAAUGAGCAGCAACGAAGAGCUAUGGGUUUGAAAAGUGGCAGAGGUACUGCCGGAAUUGCACCCAGUGAACCGGAGGUUUCCCUGGAGCAACUGGCCCAGACUAGUCAGGCUGUGGACUUCCGUGCCGCUGGGGAUAUUGCUCAGACAUUGGCUAUGGAUGAAGACCAGCUCUCCCAGAUGCCCCAAGCGAAGCAACCAGACACCCUGAAGGCCACGCUGCUGCCAUAUCAGCUUCAGGGCCUCGCCUGGCUGAUGGCCAAGGAGACCCCCGCUUUCCCUGACCCAGGUUCGUCCCAGUCUGUGCAGCUCUGGAAGCGUGACGCCAAAGGCCGUUACAUCAAUACCGCGACCAACUUCGCCGUAGCUUCUCCCCCUAGCCUUCUGUCGGGCGGCAUCCUGGCCGACGACAUGGGCCUAGGCAAAACUCUUCAAAUCAUCAGUCUCAUCAUGACAGGCGGAGAAGGGAGUACGCUCAUUGUCGCCCCAGUUGGCGUUAUGAGUAACUGGGAGCAGCAGAUCCGGCGACACGUAUCGGAGGAUCACGUGCCAAAAGUGAUCAUCUAUCACGGAAGUUCACGCCAGACUGCUGCUAAGUCGUUGAAGGAUUACGGGGUAGUCAUCACAAGCUACGGCACCUUGAGCAGCGAGUCCAAUGGUGGCGCCUUGUUCAAGGUCAAGUGGCGCCGCGUGGUUUUGGAUGAAGGACACACGAUCCGUAACGCCAAAACCAAGGCUGCUGUGGCAGCCUGUCAACUGGACGCGCAGUCAAGAUGGGUCCUAACCGGGACGCCAAUCAUCAACAACAUCGAAGAUCUUCAUUCCCUGCUCAAGUUCCUGCGCAUUACUGGCGGCAUUGAGCAGUCCGAUAUCUUCAACACGGUCAUUGCAAGGCCGCUGGCGGUUGGAGAUCCUCGUGCUGAGGCUAUAUUGCAAUCUUUGAUGAAGGAUCUCUGCCUCCGCCGCCGGAAGGACAUGAAGUUUGUCGAUCUCAAGCUUCCGCCAAAGACGGAAUACAUUCACCGUAUCACGUUCUGGCCCGACGAAAAGAAGAAAUACGAAGCUUUGCUUUCCGAGGCGAAGGGUGCUCUUGAGGAAUUCCAGAGCAAGUCAAAGACGGGCCAGAAAGGACGAUUUCAAGGCGUUCUCGAGAGACUUCUCCGUCUUCGCCAAACAUGCAACCAUUGGACUUUAUGCAAAGAGCGCAUCGCCGAUCUGCUGAAGCUCCUCGAGGAGCACGAUGUCGUCGAACUCAACGCCGAGAAUCGCGCCCUCUUGCAGCAGGCGCUCCGACUCGUCAUUGAGAGCCAGGAAGAUUGUCCGGUUUGCAUCGAACCGAUGACGAGCCCGGUGAUCACCCACUGCAAGCACGUAUUCUGCCGUGCUUGUAUCACCAAGGUGAUCGAGCUGCAACAUAGAUGUCCUAUGUGCCGCGCCGAGCUGUCAGAAGACAAGCUUGUCGAACCGGCCCCUGAGCACUCGGCAAAAGAGGAAGAAGAGGAGCUCGACACGGAGACCAAGAGCUCCAAGACCGAGGCUCUUCUCAAAAUUCUUCAGGCUACCCUGAAAAACUACGGGUCCAAGGUCAUCAUCUUCUCACAGUGGACCUCGUUUCUGACCGUGAUUCAGCGGCAAUUAACCGAGGCUGGCUAUGCCUACACCCGUAUCGACGGGAGUAUGAACAUGACCCAGCGCGAUGCCGCGAUCCGGUCUCUCGAUCACGACCCAAACAUCCGCAUCAUGCUGGCCAGUCUGGCCGUGUGCAGCGUCGGCCUGAACCUUGUCUCGGCCGACACGGUUGUUCUGGCCGACAGUUGGUGGGCUCCCGCAAUUGAGGACCAAGCUGUUGACCGUGUCCAUCGGCUCGGCCAGACCCGGCCGACCACCGUGUGGCGGCUGGUCAUGGAGGGCACUAUCGAGGAGCGUGUGCUCGACAUCCAGGCUGAGAAGAGGGACCUCGUCACCAAAGCGUUCCAGGAGAAGCAGGGAAAGCAAAAGAAGGCCAAGGAGACGAGGAUGGCGGAUGUCUUGAAGCUGCUUGCUUGAUUGCGGUCUGUUAUCAAUGGAGGCAUGCGGUGCUUGGAGGCAUGGCAUCAAUAUUUGCUGUUAUGUUUUGGUUCUCUUGCCGGAUAUAUUCAGGGGAAUGGGCUUGAUACACUUGCUGGGUUUCAUGGGUGCAUAAAUUCACUGCUGCAAGGCGGCCUGUGAGGUAUAGCUCUGUCUUGGUAGACGAUUUGCUUCCUAGUUUCACAACGAAUCGAGUGUGUUAUCC